GCCCUCCCUGCCCUCCGCGCUGGGCCGGGCUCCGCCACCACGUGACCCCGCGGCCGGCCCGGGCGCGACGGGACGCGCUGGGACGGGCGUCUGGGGUCGCGGGGGCGGCCCGGGGCGGGGGCGACAUGGAGCGGAGGUGGGUCUUCGUGCUGCUCGACGUGCUGUGCUUGCUGGUCGCCUCUCUGCCCUUCGCCAUCCUGACGCUGGUGAAUGCCCCCUACAAGCGAGGAUUUUACUGUGGCGAUGACUCCAUCCGGUACCCCUACCGUCCGGACACCAUCACCCACGGGCUCAUGGCCGGGGUCACCAUCACAGCCACCGUGGUCCUUGUGACUGCGGGGGAAGCCUACCUGGUGUACACGGACCGCCUCUACUCCCGCUCUGACUUCAACAACUACGUGGCGGCCCUGUACAAGGUGUUGGGGACCUUCCUGUUCGGAGCCGCCGUGAGCCAGUCUCUGACAGACCUGGCCAAGUACAUGAUCGGCCGGCUGCGGCCCAACUUCCUGGCUGUCUGCGACCCGGACUGGAGCCGAGUCAACUGCUCAGUCUACGUGCAGGUGGAGAAGGUGUGCAGGGGAAGCCCCGCCAAUGUCACCGAGGCCCGGUUGUCUUUCUACUCCGGACACUCUUCCUUCGGGAUGUACUGCAUGGUGUUCUUGGCCCUCUACGUGCAGGCCCGGCUCUGUUGGAAGUGGGCAAGGCUGCUGCGGCCCACAGUUCAGUUCUCCCUGGUGGCCUUUGCACUCUAUGUGGGCUACACCCGAGUGUCUGACCACAAACACCACUGGAGCGACGUCCUUGUUGGCCUCCUGCAGGGGGCGCUGGUGGCUGGCCUCACGGUCCGCUACGUCUCAGACUUCUUCAAAGCCCGGCCCCCGCAGCACUGCCCGGAGGAGGAAGAGCUGGAGCGGAAGCCCAGCCUGUCGCUGACGCUGACCCUGGGCGAGGCUGACCGCAACCACUAUGGGUACCCGCUCUCCACCUGAGGGGGCCGCCCAGGCGGGGACUGGCCGCGCGUCCGGCUGAGGCCAGGGGCCUGCCCUGGGGAGGCCGAGCGGGCUCUGGACAGGGGGACAGGUGGACCGACGGCGGCAGUGAGCGGCUCCCUGCACUGGACCAGGGGCUGGGGUGCUGUGCCAGCCCAAGUAUCUGAGGGGUCUGUCCCCGGAGCUCCCUGAAUUCCCCCUUUCUGUUAUGGGGUCAGGGAAGGGACCAAGAGACCAGAUGGAUGCUGUUUUUGUAAGAUGUAAUGUACAUGUGGAUUUUUAGUAAAAUAGGGCAUUUGUUUGACA